GCCACUGUACUAUGAAGGAGGGCCACUACCCGAAACGUCGCUCUAUUUUGUGUUUCCAUGCAAGGCCACUGUGCUAUGAAGGAGGGCCACUACCCGAAACGUCGCUCUAUUUUGUGUUUCCAUGCAAGGCCACUGUGCUAUGAAGGAGGGCCACUACCCGAAACGUCGCUCUAUUUUGUGUUUCCAUGCAAGGCCACUGUGCUAUGAAGGAGGGCCACUACCCGAAACGUCGCUCUAUUUUGUUUCCAUGCAAGGCCACUGUGCUAUGAAGGAGGGCCACUACCCGAAACGUCGCUCUAUUUUAUGUUUCCACGCAAGGCCACUGUGCUAUGAAGGAGGGCCACUACCCGAAACGUCGCCCUGCUGCUGCUAUCCAGGGCGCUGUCAGCCACCCGGCCUCUGCCGCUUUAAGCGGGGCCCGCGGGCCCGCGCCGCGCGCAUGCGCAGUGCGGCGCGGCCCAACCCCGAGCAGGAGACGAAAUGGCGGCUGCGGCGGCAGCGAUGUCGGCCCAGCUCCCGCCUCACGCCACCCCACAGGGCAACCACAGCCACCACCACCACCAUCAGCAACAACAACACCACCACCACCACUCGCAACAACAGCAGCAGCUCCACCAUCACCACCACCAGCAGCAGCAGCUACAGCAGCAGCAACAACAGCAGUCGUCGCUGUCGCAGGGCCUGCACCGCACCGUGGAGCGCGCCCUCGAGGACGCCUUCUUCUCCGCCGCGCUCAACCUCAGCGGCAGGAAGCUCAAGGAGUUCCCCCGCUCCACCGUCAUCGACUUCGACCUCUCGGACACCACGCAAGCCGAUCUGUCGAAGAACAGGCUGAACGAGGUGCCGCUCGAGGUGUGCCACUUCGUGUCUCUCGAGAGCCUCGUGCUCUACCACAACUGCAUCCGCAGCAUCCCCGAGGCCAUCGUCAACCUUCGCUCGCUCACGUAUCUCAACAUAAGCCGGAAUCAGCUGACGACGCUCCCGCCCUACCUGUGCAAGCUGCCACUGCAGGUUCUCAAUGCCAGUAACAACAAGCUGGUGUCACUGCCCGAGGAGCUCGGGCAACUGAAGGAGCUCUCGGCGCUGGACGUGAGCUGCAACGAGAUCCAGGCGCUGCCGCCCCAGGUAGCGAGCCUGACGUGCCUCCGUGACCUCAACGUGCGCAGGAACAAUCUCGUCAUCCUGCCCGACGAAAUCGCGGACUUGCCCCUGGUACAGUUGGACGUGUCAUGUAACCGCCUGGGCGAAAUCCCCGUGAGCUUCCGUAAGCUGAAGCAGCUGCAGAGUCUCGUGCUGGACAACAACCCGAUGAAAAGCCCGCCGGCACAGAUAUGCAUCAAGGGGAAGCAUCACAUUUUCAAGUACCUUCACAUGGAGGCGUGCAAGCUUGAUAAGAAGCUAGCCGAUCGCUUGAUCAGGCCUGCCGGCUCCUCCACAUGCCUUCCCGAGGAUUUUGUGCCACACAAGGCGUGCGGACUCCUCGAUUCCGGGUUCAACAGCGUCGACAGUGGCAACAAGCGCUGGUCUGGCAACGAGGCACGUAGUAACCGCAUCAAGCAGCCUUCGGACGAGGAGUCGGCGUCAACGGCUCUGAUGCGCGGUGCGGACAGCUCGCGGGACCAGCGGUUGCGACGCGAAACCCCCCACACGCCCCUGAGCAACGGCCUCGUGGUGGAGGAGGGCCAGGAGGUGGACUACAUUGAGGACGAGGACGAGGAGGACGCGGUUACCCCCAAGGCGGAAGACCAGCCGGGACUGACCACGAAGUUCAUGGCGUACAUCGAGCGCAGGAUAUCUCACGAGAAGCUGUUUCCGUUGCGGACAGACGAGACGCCACUGCCACGCUCUGAGGACGAUGGCGGCUGGAGGGAGGAGCAGAGCAAAACGCCGACGGCGGACGACGAGCAGGGCGGCGGCGGCGGCGGCGGGAGGGCCACCGCCGACAGGGAGGCUGGCGACGGCACCCUGCGGGAGCGUCACCGCAGCGCCGACGGGAGCCAGGAGAGGCGAAGGCCCGUUGUUUACUCGGCGUCGUUCUGCGAGACGGACAUUCGCCGACGACCCAUAUCGUUUCACGACGCCAGACGUCUCCCUCAGUCUUCGUCCUUCACUGCCAAGGACAGACGCCGCUCCCCCGCGUUUGUCCACUCGGCCCCAAGUGGAGGGUACGGCGGCGGCGGCGGCGGCGGCGGUGGAGGAGGAGAAGGAGGGGGACCUUGCGCGCCGCUCGCCGGCAUCUUGCGGAACGCCGGCAGCACCUCGGCUUCGCCGCUCCCGGGGCUCGUCAGCAACGGUCAGCCCGGCGUCACGGCGACGGAUACCACGGUCUAUCAGCAGGAGGACCUUCCGCCCGCCGAGUUCGAGUUCCAGAAGAAGCGCGAGCAGAUCCUGCUGGAGCGCACGCGGCACGAGGCGCAGCUGGCCCGCCGCCGCUACGAGGACGAGCGCCAGCGGCUGACCAAGCACUCGACCACGCAGACCUUCACCGCCACCAAGCCUCGCGGAGUCCACCAACACAGCGCAGAGAGCGACCCGCAAAGUGACUGUGUAAACGUCCCUCCAAGCAGAAAGCCACACCACAUUGAUGAUAGUGCCUUGCUAGUGUCCCCUGCUGAUCCUGUCUCUUCCCCUGACGCCGCCUUGCCAAAAGCCUCUCCCCAGCCCCAUAAAUUCACCAAGAGCGAAGAGAAGACCCCCACUAACGCUUACAGUGGCUCCAACGCUCCCCUCUUCGGCCUGAAGCUCCGCUCCGAAUCUGCCUCCGUGCGCCCGUGCCCCCAGCCUCCGCACUCCCGCCCGUCGCCCUCCCCCGCCGCUCGCUCGCCGCCGCGGCCGCCCUCCCCGCUUGGCUCCCCGACGCACCCCGCAACGCAGUCCCCGUCGUCCUCCCCCACGGCCGCUGCCGCCCCCCCUGCUACCGCCGCCUCGCACGCGCACGCGCCCCAUUCCCCACACAACAGGGCCGCGGCCUCCGUGCCGGCCGGCAAACCGCCCGGGAGUUUCCUGUUUAGCCCGGCCGGAGGCGGGCUGCUGGAGCAGCGUCUAGCCUUCAACAGCUCGAGCAGCGCCAUGGACAGCUUCGAGGGACUGGACCCCAGCUUCACGGUCAAGCGCAAGCUGAGCCACGUGCGCGAGGAGAUGGAGCUCAUAGAGCAGCUCAAGAAGAACAUCGAGUGCCGGCUGAAGGUGACGCUGCCGGGAGACCCGGUGAACUUGGGCUCGGCGCUCAUGGACGGCGUCGUGCUGUGCCACCUGGCGAACCACAUCCGCCCGCGCUCCGUGCCCAGCAUCCACGUGCCCUCGCCCGCCGUGCCUAAGCUUACAAUGGCAAAGUGCAGAAGAAAUGUGGAGAACUUCCUGGAGGCCUGCAAGAAGAUGGGAGUUCCACAGGAGCAGCUGUGCCUCCCUCACCACAUCCUGGAGGAGAAAGGCCUCAGCAAGGUGUCCCUCACCAUCCAGUGCCUACUCGACCUGGCCACCAGCAAACCCAGCCAAGCAUCCGUGGUCUGACUCCCACCCUGUGACCCCCCCCCCCCCCGCGAUCAUCUGUCAAGCAAAAUCCACAUCGGCCCCGCAGGGGCCCCUAAUUCCACCACCCGCAGGCCAAACCAUGAGGCCCUCUUUGCGUGCGAGGCCCGGGGCAAAUGGCCCCUUUUACUGCCCCCCCCCAGCCCCCCUCUGGGCAUCCCGCAUCCCCUGCCUCCAGGCUCAAACACACACCCACUACGAUUACUUUAAUCAGCAGGCCCUGCCGCUUUCGACUGCGGCGUGAACGAGGGUGCGUAAUGCACUUUGGACCCAGAAGAUGUAUUCGCAUUGCUGUUAUAAUAUUCACUGUUAUUGCGAUCACAAUAAGUGGCCCGAAGGCUCAGUUCUGUCUUUUCGGUGGUGGUGCUGGUGGUAGCGAAUUUGACAAAGGCCACGGUGCUGGCGUGCGAGGGGGAAGAUCUGCAAGCCUGCGAUGGCGCUAUCACGUAGCACCAUCACGUGGUGCCAUCACGUGGUGCCAUCACGUAGCACCAUCACGUGGUGCCAUCACGUGGCACCAUCACGUAGCACCAUCACGUGGUGCCAUCACGUAGCCCUAUCACGUAGCACCAUGACGUGGCGCUAUCACGUAGCACUAUCACGUAGCACCAUCACGUGGUGCCAUCACGUAGCCCUAUCACGUAGCACCAUCGCGUGGCGCCAUCACGUAGCACCAUCGCGUGGCACUAUCACGUAGCACCAUCACGUGGUGCCAUCACGUAGCACCAUCACGUGGUGCCAUCACGUAGCACUAUCACUUGGUGCCAUCACGUAGCACCAUCGCGUGGCGCCAUCACGUAGCACCAUCGCGUGGCACUAUCACGUAGCACCAUCACUUGGCGCUAUCACGUAGCACUUGGCUUUUAAGACUAAUUGCAAGCAGUUACAGUAGUGUAAUUUAUAUCAGAGGAGGGGAAAGAGCUAUCCUAAUGCAUGAGGUGUACUUUUUAAAUCGCAUUUUUUAUUUUGUCUUAGUGGUUUUUCUCAUUGUCACCCCUUUUAAGCCAAAACUUGUCCGACAGUUGUAAACAACAUUUUCUCUUUUUACCUUGAGAGUUUUAUUUUGGCUUUGGCAAAAAGAACACAUUUCAUGCCUUUGACCAAAUUACACUUUAGCAGAUGAAGAGUACACUCUGGUGAUGGCACCACGGGCCUCGUUGUGGUGUUGUUGUUGAAGCCGAACGCUUCAAUGCAGACCCCUCUCCGUGUCGUUGGGAAGGGUGCUCCCGACAGGGUCCAUGCCGUCUUUGAUUUUUGUUUUGUUUCAGGGUGCUGUAGUGGGUUGCGCUUUAUACCUUUUGAUUUUUACUUAUUAUUUUUAAGCAGGUGGCACAACUUAUCCAACUCCACAUUCCAUAACAAUUUUUAGUAGUAUUAUUCUCACGGUUUAUUUCAUUAUGAUUACUACUGCUAAUUUCCCACUGCUCUCAAAUCCCAUCUCAUCGUCAAUCCGCAGUCCCAGCGACCAAGAGGAGUAACGUGCUGCCCCCCCCCCCCCCCCCUUGUAAAUAUCGCGAUUUCGAAAGGAAUUUUAAAAGCUCUGAAUGCUUGCCGCAAGCCAGGGGCGUUGUUUUGAUCCCAUCGACAAGCGGCCUGGUCCCCCCCCCCCCCCCGAGCCAGAUCUCUCGCAGCAAGCGUGGACGUGGCACAUUGCCAAACCCGACAGCCGCCGCCACCAACGCCUCCACCCCAUCAUCCAAAAUAAUUGUAAGAUAGCGAUUUUGAAAAACCCACAGAUAUAGUUUUGUAUUCGACGACGUUAUUACUGCAUGCUUGCCGUUGCGACGUAAUGGGGUGAACGUAGUGGGUUGUCUUGUUGUUGUAUGCGUGGGGCUCAGUCGGCAGGAGCCGGCGGGGGGGGGGGGGCUUGUGCUUGACCACGAGAGCCGUGUAAGCGCGGUGCCACGCACCGCCUGUCCCUGCGGCGCUGGCACAGCCCACGCGUGCGUUACACCCUCGCCCCCCUCGUCUUUGAACACCUGUUGGGUUUUCUUCUAGAUUCACUAAAUGGCGAUGCAGCCCCUCACCCCCCCACCCUAAACCCUUACCCCCCCAGCUCGCUGUGCCGCGGUGGUGCCAGUGCGACCGGGUCCCGUUAGCCGAGCCCCGGAUUGUUAGCUCUGCUCGGCCGUGCUUGCCUUGCCCGCAUGGACCAUUCCACACUUGUUGCUAAUCCCGGAUUUCACAUCGCCACCUUCCAAGCGAUCUCUUGCUCGUCUCUAUUAAGAACUACGGUUAUUAGUGAGUGUAUCUUCACGUUUAAGAGUUUGUACUCCUUCCAUCGCCUCAACUGAAACCGUUAUUUUUGUCAGUUUAUUACAAAUAAUGUUAUCGUUAUGAAUAGUGUACAAAAAAUAAAAACAUAAUUUUACAAAAACCCCCAAAAAUAUAUAUUAAACUUCAAGUGCCUACAGCUAACUUGUUAAUAUUUGGCUCCGUAAUAAAAAUGGAACUGUAACCCUGGACAUGUACGCAUGUAAAGUAAUACUACCAGCUGGUCUGGGUGCCAUACAGUCCGGUGUUUGUAGUCACAGAAAGCAAUGAAGAGCUCUCCUGCUGCCGGCUGCACUCCCAGCGAUCCUAUUAUUGGCAAGAGAGCUGCUAUGGCUGAAUAGCAGUUGGGGGGGGGGUCCCUUAGGCCAAGAAACAAGGGGGUUAUUUGAGCAGGCUGCGUCACGGUCUUAUAAGCAGGAUCACCCAGAAUGUGUCGUACCUCGGAAAGCUAAGAAGGGGUUCGGCUCUGAUGAAUGAGUACUGCUCGGAUGGGCGAUCGCCACGCAUGCAUGAAUGAGUACUGCUCGGAUGGGCGAUCGCCACGCAUGCAACGGGCACUGUAGGCUGCUGUAGGCUGCUGCGGGCUACUGUGCGGCAGGCAGACGGCGGUGCGUCAAUUUCCGUUGUCGCCGCUGCACUACGCUCCCAACGUCUGCCCGCCCCCCCCGCCCUCUUCGCCAACCGGCACAGACCCAGCGUAGUGAAGUACCCAAACAAAACCCCGCAGCCCAAACGGGGUGCAAAUAACCCUCAUCCAGCAAUGGAUUGAGAAAGGGGCCGUACAUUAGGUGGAAGGUAGAUUACACGCACAGGUGGCUUCCUCGGAUAGUCGGAUAGUACAAUGAGGCAUUUGCAGUGAGAGGAUCCGAGUCAUCGUUGGGAGUGAUGGGGCCCCAUGCCAGACCCCGCCGAUCAACCCCCGACUGCUGUCAGAGUGCAGGGAUGCAACCGGCUGCCAGGAAUAGAGACCCCGAGUGUGGCACGCACCGCAAAUAGCCAGCUGAAAAUAAUAUACACGUAUUUAAUUUAAAGAGUAAAAAAAGAAAAAGACGUAAAUAUACCGAAACUUGUCUCUAAAUAAAAAGACUUUUAAAUAAUAACUCGGAAUAUUUUGUAUAGAGAAUUUUGGCGCAGCAUUGACAGCCUAACUUUUUUUUUGAGAGCAUGCGUUGCAUCCAGGCUUACAGUGCGAGUGGCCAUAUAUCAGUAGUUAUUCUCGGUAUAACGUUAUUGUCAUAAUAGCAAUUCCUGUGGUUAUACGUUCUAUUGUUUUAAUGCCGUAAUCUCUUACUGUAUUGUUUUGUAGAUGGUUGAUGAUUUUUUUAUUCCAAUAUUUUGCAUGAAUGCCUUUGUCAUCGAUUUCCAGUGAUCAGUCUUAAUCGUUCGGCAAUGGCCAAUUAAUUGCGUUGCUGAGCCUCUGGCCAUCUUCACACUCCUGGGCAUCUUAACGAACGUGCUAUUUAAAAAAAGAUAAUUAUAAAAAAUUAAGCAAAUCGUUAACGGAAUCAUUAAACUUUAAAUUUUACUCCGCCUUAGGGGAGAAUUCAGAGUAAUGUUGAGGUUUAUAAGAGCUAUAUAUACGCUUAAACAGCAAUAUGCGCGCUCACGUUUUAUACUUCGGAUUUGGCCCGUGGGGAAAAUUUUCGGCUUACCGCUAAAAUUUGCUCAGCACAUCGCUAAAAUUUGCUCAGCACAUCGCUAAAAUUUGCUCAGCACAUCGAUGUUUUACGCAAGUGGAGCGCACUCAACGGUGAUUUGGUUUCGGCCCAUUCGGUGGCAUAAUUUGUAAAUGUCUUGAAGGAAGCGCCCUGCAGGAGGGAUGGGGGAAUGCUUCUUGGCGUGCUCUCUCUAUUUGUAUAUUUGUAAAGAAAGACGGCUCCACUUCAUGUGGCCCGGGCAAGUUGUGUACAAAAGCACCUUAAUGUAUGUAUUUUGUACUAUAUUCCACUGUGAUGUUUUCAGCUUUUCAUUAAAGUGUGUACCGUUA